AGAGCCCCUUCGUAAGGAAGCAAGGAAGAGUUGGGCUGAUUGUCGGCGAGACCAGCGGAGGAUCGAGGAGAUCGGCGGUCGCAUCGCGGAAUUUUGCAGUGUGGCCCACGAGCUAUCUAUUCUGACACAAUCUGGGACACACUGGAGAAAGAGAACGAGACAGAGCGGUGAAAUUUCGCACAAUCCUGUCGAAAAUUGACGUGGAAGUUGCUCGUAGAAUCGGUAGUAGCUUAGUUGCUACUGGCGCGUCGCAGCAUGAAUGUAUGCGGAUUUAGUCAUCGCCUUAUCGAAUUCUUUCUCUUUACGACACUGACGACCCCUGCAGAUGUUGUCCUAGAUCGCAACUUCACAACCUGCAGUGAGCAACGCGGAUUCAUCUGAAGUGGAGACGAACGUUAUGGCUUCGGCGUCGUUGUAUGAAGACGUUGCUCACGAUCAUGUUUUCUCUGCCGAACAAAUCUCGAGAGCAUAUGUUCUCAUGAUUUGAGCUUGUGUUUUUGGUGAUGUUUUGAAGGAGUUGUGUUUAGGAAUUUUUUGUGAGGGGGGAUUGUUGGUUUGGGAAUUUGGUGUCUGGGAUGCUGGAUUAGUGUGUCCGUAGUGUAUGCAGUGGUGGGAAAAAUUGGAUUAUUGAGAUGGGCAAUUGGAUGUUUGGCUUUCCAUGACGUUGAGCAUCAGUUAAUGGUAGGGGUAGUGUUUUGUUGGUGUUUAGGGUUUUGUUGCUUUUGAUCGUGGAGUGGAUUUGCUCGCGGAUAUCAUUAAGUAUGUCCUGGUUGAAUUUUUGGUGCCAGAUUGGUGGUUUGUCAAUUUGUCCUUCACUCGUCUUCAGAGCGCUUUGGAGAAUGACUUGAUGUUUGAUAUGAUUUACACGUCAAUUUUGUGCAUACCAGCUCUGGUGGUGAUGUUGCUUGUGUAGAAACGAGGGAUGGCAUUGCAAGAUUUAGUAGUUGUAUUCUUUUGCUCCAGUGUCUAACCUGAAGACAGAAUUGUGCAGAGAAUUGAGUGGGAUCGUGUAUGAGAGCACCUGUUCCAAGAAAAAUUCCGUUGUAUGCCGAAUUCAACUUGUACAAUCUGCUAGCACAAUCAACAUAUGUGAGAAUGUGUAGUACACCCAGAUUUGAGCAUAGAAGGUAGAAGCUGCAUGUGUAAUGACGAAGACGAAGCGUAAGCAAUUGGCGGCGUUGGCAGCUUUGAAAUUCACUCCCUCUGAAUCUCUUGGAAAUACUGUUGUACAUCAAGAUGAACAUUGCCCAGAUGAGAAUUCAGCUUCUCUUGAAGUUCGACAGCAGCGGAUUGUUUUCUGGAUCCCUUCAGAUCCAUCUCCCCGAUUAGUAAAUCCUAGGAGUUUUGGAAUUGGUGGUUCACCUUCUAGGAAGCGGCAGCGAUCUACUAACGCUGGAGAAGAGUGUACUUCGGAUGGUGAAGAGGGACACGUCUACCAAAAAUAUUCUAAGAUCAUUCUGAAACUCGAUAAAUGUAAUUUAGAGAAAGGCGUCGGCACCUCGCUCGCUCUCAACACAACCCAUGUUAGUGCAGAAAGAGCAUUUCAAAGGAGGAAACCAGGUGCUCGCUUGUUGACCAAGGAGAAAGUGCUAUCUGUUCUGAAAGUCAACACAAAUUGCCCUGAUAGCCCAUCAGUUCAAGCGAUUAAGAGGACAACUGCCGAAGACAAAGACGAGCUUCCACUUGUGAGCCUCUCUGAUGACAACUGGGAAAAGGGGAUUGGUUUUGCUAGAGAACUACCUCCACCUCAAUAUUCGAGAAUCCUGAAACCGCCGACUAGGAAGACAGUCUCUUACAAUGAUUUGGUGUCUGCCAAACCAGCACACAAGUUGAGGCUUGAGCAAGAUGAAGCAAUUACAGAUAGGAAAAUUUUAUUCAAUUUCACUAGAAAGCUUGCAACUGUUUCGGAGAAAGAUGUAGACCCUCGUUCAGAAAGAACGUGGGCGCAGGAUAUAGUGUCUCACACAUACAAACGGCAGAAAACAAGAUUGUUAGUAGACACUCUCUCCCAGCAUGAACAGACAUUAGUUAGGGCUAAAUCACAAGUUACAACACUUCAAGUCUCCUGUAAUGAACGAAAUUUACGAUCCGUCGAAAAGAACGUUAUCUCAGAAUCAUCAUCAGCUGUUGUUGUGAGAGUUGCCUACACAGAGUCUGCUUUGAAAGACUUAACUACAUUGAAGAAGAAACUAUCGACGGUUUCGGGAAACACAGUUGUAUUGGGUAGAGCGGCAGAACAGUCACCAAGAAACGAUGUUCCAGCAAUAUCAAAUUAUUCUGAUAGUCCAAGUAACCGGAAAGGAAACAUCUUGGCAGACAGACCAGCUUCGACAUCCAAGAUGGUCAACGUUUCAUCCUCCUCUCCGGCCAAAGCGACACUGCACCAGGGUUCAUCAACCUUUCUUGAAAAGCCGAAUGGACAGACUCUAUUGCGCACAUCAUUGUUGAGGACUAGGAAGAGAGUGGCGACCCAAGCCAAGGGGAACAACAGUGUUUCCACUGUUCCGAGCACGAGGGGAAUGAAAAUGUCCUCAUUAGCUGAGUUGGAUGAUUGUAAGGGAUUGAUGGCAUCAGAGUUGGGGAGCAUUUACAGUGUAACUGAGGUGCGCAACAGUGAAAGUGCUGUUGGUGAAAGUACUGAGGUGCCGUUGUUGGAUGAAUCCAACAGGGAUCAUUUGAUGCGUCACUACCAUGGAUCUGAUGUUGUCACGAGCAGUAAUAAUGCCAUAGCUCUUAAUUCAAGAAGCCGGAGGAUAAGCUUUCUGUGCAGAAAUGCAGGAGGGUAUUUGGAAGAGGAGGAUCCAUUUAGGGGAGAAUAUUUGCAUCGUUCUCUCAAGCCGAGAGAGAAUUUCCAUUCUCGCAUGAGCACCCCUUCUACGACAGGCUCCAGAAUUAGGGGUCAGGGUAAUGUUCACAGGCAACUAGGCAAUAGAGAUGCCCCUCAUGCUUUUCAAAGCUACAUAAAUGGAUCUAAAACCAAUGGACGUUCCGUUGAGCUGAUCAGGCAACAAGGCGAGGUCUUGAGGGACUCAAAAUCACGACAUAGGUGUUUUGACAGUCGAUCACUUUCAUUGAAAUCUGUAGGCUACAAAAGGAUCAACCACGCUGCAGAUAUGGCUGCUUUGGUACAAUCCAAGCUGAAUGAAGUCGGGGGAUUGACCGAGUGGCUCAUCGGUGGGGGACUGGGGUGUUUGUGGAUUUGUUUCAAGAGAGGAAACUAGGAGAAGCCGAUCUUCUUCAUUUGACCAUGGGGUCUCUGAAGGAGAUCUCAGGAGUCAAAGCUGUAGGUCCUCGCAGAAAGCUCAUUUGGAUGAUCAAGCAUCUUCUGUGACAGUGGUACCUGCUAUAGUGGAUUAGAUAGAUCUUGCACAGUAUGUAACAUUCAAACCCUCUUCUUCUUCUUCUCCUCCUCUCCUCCCCCUUUUUAAUUUUUUAAGUUUUUAAAAAUAACUUUAAUGACUUUCCCCUCUGAAGCUGAAACAUAGUAUGUCUCGAGUUGUGCCAUCCCUCUCGAUUUGCAGCUGGCUCAGGGAUGGAAUAACAGAAGAAUCGUAAUCAGGUGGAGUAAGUGGCUAACAGCCCGCAUUCAGAUUUUUCAUGAGGAUCUUUGAUAUGUAUAUGCAGCAAUUCUGAUGAUGUGCAAAGCAUUGUGCUGUAUGAUGUUUUGAUCUCGGGAUCAAAUAUCAGUAGCUAGAAGUGGAAACACUUGUUCAGAUUUCAGGACCAUCAAUAAACAAAUAAUUUUUAAUGGAGUUA